GGACAACCUGGACACCUGGAAAUUCCAAAGUUUCGCCUAUUGGGAUUGGCAACUCUGCCAAAGAAGAUAUGUCCUAUAAAGUCCUAAGUCCAAGAAGUGGGAAUUCUAUCAUCGCUUGGCUGACCAUUAAGGAUGAAGUUCAGAGCAAAUUGGAAUAAGAAUAAAUGUUUCUUUCCAUUCGCUUGUGUCACACUGAUCCUAUUCAUUUUGACCAUUCAUUGGACUAAGUUCUCUGGGCCAUUCCUCCAAAUGGGAAAAUUCCACAUGGACAUCCAUUUCCCACUAUUCAGAAAAGUUAGCAAAAUUGAUUUUGUUGACUUCGAAACUACACAUUGUACAUCCUGGCUCUCAAAAGAACAUGAUUUGCCAAUCCUCCCAAAUUUUAUUCGAAAUACCAAUGUAUUUUUAACGAUUGAGAGUGGUUGGUGGUACCAGCCACCCUAUCUGCUUCACUCACUGCCCUAUGGGAUUAAAGGCAAUGAAGCCAUUGUCAAAAAGAUAUUGGGUCGAACACAGUGCAACAUGCCAGAUGAGAUAGACAGGUUAGAUUGUAAACGAUGUGUUAUCGUUGGCAAUGGAGACACUCUGAGGAACAGCUCCCUGGGAGAAACAAUCAACAAGUACGAUAUUGUUAUUCGAUUAAACAAUGCUCCAGUGAGAGGCUAUGAGAAGGAUGUUGGAAACAAAACAACCCUUAGGAUCUUUUACCCGGAAUCAACAAUUGAAGAUCCCACCGUUGAAAACAAUCUUGAUACACUCUUUGUGCUCGUACCAUUUAAGACAGUCGACAUUCACUGGUUGAAGGCGAUCGUGUACAAUGAGACAAAAAUUACAACAGGAUUCUGGAAAAGGCCAGCCUUUGUAAAGAAUUUGGAUCCUGCCAAGGUGCGAAUACUCAAUCCCUACUAUAUGUAUCAAGCCGUGGCAAAAUUGCUGAAUCAACCCGACAUGAUUAAACAUAGAGGAAAUCAUCCAACCACUGGGUUCUUAGCUGUCACGUUGGGCCUGAACUAUUGUGAUGAAGUUGAUGUUGCUGGAUUUGGUUAUCCAUUGAAUCAAAAAAACGGGAGGAUUCAUUACUAUGAUCAGCUGCGUAUGAAACAUAUGGCAAACACUGUGCACAAUGUCACCCAUGAACAUCUGUUUUUGAAGAUGCUGAAGAAUGCUGGAGUUAUCAAAUACCUCACUUAA